AUGGAGAAGCUUACAACCUCAGCCGCUCUACUCUGCAUUCUGCUAGUGCACAUAGCCAAUGCAGUCUCCGGCUAUGUGACAACCACCAUCACCACCGUUGAAAUCGACGAUGAUUCUUCUAACACUAGUCAGCGAAAAUGCAGGAGGGAAGCUGAAAGGGCAGAUUUGAGCUCCUGUGAGAGUUAUAUGAGAUCGUCAAGAAGGCCGUCAGAAGAGAUGCUAGCUUUGCGAGGAAUUGAAAACCAGCAACAACGGGAUCUUCGCCAAUGUUGUAACGAAUUAAGGCAGCUAAGUCAUGAUUGUCCAUGUGAAGGAAUAAAGUAUGUAUUAGAGCAGCAGCUGGAGCAAGGACAGCGAGAGCGUUUGGAGGCAGUGCGUAGGGCUAGAAGUAUACCUUCUGCUUGUGGCCUGCGUACAAGCUGCGAUAUUCGUUCCUAA